AUGACCGGCGGCGACCAACAACGAGUGGCUACCUCUGACUACCGCUCUGAUUACCGCCACGGUCUCGACACCACUCCCACGCCGCCGCAGCCCUCGAUUCACGCGUCGGAUCGCCUGUCCAUCACUAUGGGCCUCACGUACAACAUCUACCUCAACUCGACCACGUCGCGCAUCUACGGCUGCAAGAACUGCAAGACGCAUCUCUCCAACCACGACGACAUACUCAGCAGGAACUUCCGCGGUCAACACGGCAAGGCGUACCUCUUCGAUACCGUCGUCAACAUCACCGAGUCGGACCCCAACGAGCGCAAUAUGACCACGGGACGUCACAUAGUACGCGACAUCCACUGCCGCCAAUGCAAGGAGACUGUCGGCUGGAAAUACGAUAAGGCGUAUGAAGCCAGUGAAAAGUACAAGGAAGGCAAGUUCAUCUUGGAGGAAGAGCUUCUGUGCACCGUCACCUGA